GCAAGUCUUAGCUGGGGACUGAGGAACCCUGGCUGUGAGCUCUACUCUCUAGAGAUGCUUUGGAAAGUUUUCACUCCCCUUCUCUUCCUUAUCAUGCUUCAGAACCAAGGAAUAUCAUGUUUUGAUAAGGAGACAAAGAACAUAUAUGUCAUAAUGGGAAAUGAUAUCAACUUACAACCAAAAUGGAAUCAGCAAGAUUCAGGGAGUUGGCGUUUCAUUUGGUUCGUGCAACUGUCUUCAACUCAGGAAAAAUUUAGGAUAGUGACUUGGACAAACAGGUCAGGGGUAAAAUAUGAAGCUGACCAAUUUAAGGAAAGAGCUAAUUUAGAAACUGAUAACUUGUCCUUAUACAUUGGCUCAGUUCAGAAGAAAGACAGUGGCCUCUACCACAUGGAAAUCACUGGUUAUUUAGGUGAAGUUUCUUGUUCUACACGCUUCCAUGUUUCUGUGUUUGAUCCUGUCCAGGAUCCACAGAUUGAGGUGACUGGAGAGUCAUGGAAUAACACCUUGUGCAAUGUGAACCUGUCCUGCUUUGUCCAUGGAAACAGUGAUUUGACAUACAUGUGGUACAAAGGGAAGGAGCAGAUAAAACCCCCAGGGAAACAUGGCCAUGUAGAACUCCAUAUCCACCCCAAGAGCACUGAAAAUUUCUAUACUUGCAAUGCCAGCAACCCAGCUAACUCACGGAGUCAUACCAUUAAUCUUACUAGGGCAUGUGAUAGCCUUGUUUCUAGUCCAGCUCCAGAAUUGUGGUUGCUGCUGGUUUUGGGUUCCUCUGUGAUUCCCCUGAUCAUUCUACUUCUCAGCAUCCUUGUCUGCCUGUAUAUUAAAAGGAAGAGGAAAAGGAAGCAAAUAGCAGAUACGAACUUGACGUUUUAUCAGAAAGUUAGUCAUGAUAAGCCCAGGAGAAAUCAGGUGCAGAACUGUGGAACUGAACAAGGAAACACCAUCUAUUCUGAAGUCCAAUUUCCAGAACAGCUUCCUGCUUCCAGUUCUACUGAUGAAGAUAAAACAGUGUAUUCAACAGUACAAUUCUCCAAGCGUCAACCUUCUUCCAAGAAAAUGAACCCCAAGUCAUCCCACUCAGCUACCAUCUACCAAGAGGUCCAGAAACCCAAGCCUCUAUCUUCUAAGGAGCUGGAGAUCUUCCACAUCUAUUUCUAGUAAUGUCAGCCACUGUCUGAAAUGAAUGUACUAUUGAAGCCUUUUGAGGGCUAGGACAUUUGGUAUUACAAAUUUUUUUGUUUUGUUUUUGUUUUGCAGGGCAAUGGGGGUUAAGUGACUUGCCCAG